AUGGCCGACCUCGAGAAACUCAGCCAGGAGCUGAGGAGCAGGAGCGCCUCCGAGCACGCGCAGCUCGAGUCCAAGGACCGUGCGAAGAAGCUGAAGACUCUGGAUGCCGCCUUUGUUGUGGACUGCACGUCAUCAAUGCGAGGGGUGCUGAGCAAUGCUAAGGAGAAAAUGAAAUGCAUUGAGGAAGCGGUCAGCCAGCGCUUGGGUGUGGGAGCAUGCGUCCGGUUUGCCAUUGUCGCGUACCGGGACUACGAGGACACGAAGCACAUGCAGGUUCUUCCGUUUACAAGCGACUUGCAAAGAAUCCAGGACUUCAUGUGUAAGCUAGAGGCGUGCACAAACAGCCGCCUGCCGUGGGACAUCUGCGAGGAUGUCAUUGGCGGGCUGCAGGAGGCUUUAGCUUUGUCUUGGGAUGCGAAGACACGAAUUUUGUAUCUUGUAUGCGAUGCCCCACCACACGGACAUCGCUUUUACGAGAAGAAUGACAAAAACAAGCGCUGGGAUAGCUUUCCUGCUGACAUCAAGCAAUGGCGGCCAACGGACACUGCCAUUGAACAAUCUAUCAAGUUUUCAAAGACUUGUGUGCUGCGGCCGGAAGCUUCACCAAGCGCAUUCGUUGACUGCAUCCUGGAAAGCACUUCCCGCACGCUGCGUUCUUCGCUGACCAGCUCGAAGACGCGGCAAGUGUGUCAAAAGGACCAAGUGCACCAUUUGGUUGCUGUAAAAGAAGACCAUGACGUGCAGUGGGAUGGCUCAACCAGCUGGCCAGAGUAUCACGUCCUGGUGACUUCUGUUACCGUGCUCGGCUUGGAUAGGGACCCCAAGCAAAACACGACCUGCUGGCAGCUGCGCAUCAGGGCGCAGCCGUUUGCCAGUGGCAGCAUGCGAUGGGCUUUCCAGCUGUCAGCCAAGGCGCACAAGGCAGCUGGCUACCAGGGGCGGGAGGCUGCUUUUGCAGAUGUCCAGACACAGGCCUAUGCGAGGCUUUUCGCCAGGGACGUCAGCUUGGAAUUUCCAGUGCCGCCGCUGCAGUUUUUGGAUACAUGGGUGGUUCAGCCAUUGUGUUGGAAGGUUGCAGGCUACGCAACAAUGGAGCCUUUCAUUCCUGGGGAGUAUCAGAAGUACACCAACAACAAUGGCUACACGUCCCCGGGAGCAAAGCUUGCAGAGACGUUUUCGCACUUCACUUGGCACCAUUCCGGUGGCUGCAUGCAGGUGACUGACUUGCAGGGCUUUGGGCUGCAGAUCUUGACGGAUCCGCAGAUACACAGCACUUGCAAGGGAUUCUUCAGCAGGGGGAAUCUUGGAAAGCAUGGCAUGGAUGAGUUCUUCGUGACCCACUGCUGCAACGAUCUGUGCCAUCGCCUUGGCCUCAGGCCAUCGCCGAUGCAGCUUGGAUUCGACGCGGUGUCUGUGGCUGAUGUCUCUGACACAGCUUCCGUCAUGUCAGAUUGUGAACAAUUGUCUGCAUCGGGCAAAUUGUCUUGCGAGCUUUGCUUCGGCCUUGUGCCAACAGCAAACAAGCAGCAACUCGCAGACAUCUUCGGUAAGCAUGGAGGCUGGUACUGUCAGGCAUGCAUACCAAAGAUCGAAGCUGGCAAAGUUCGCACAACGUGCCGUUCCUGCCAGAAAGACUUCGCAUACUCUGCCUACGUCAUCAAGACCAAGGGCUGUGAGGUGCCGGACACUUGCGAACAAUGUCAGCGUGAUGAAUCAUGGAUGUUCAUAGACCCAUGA